GUUCCGCCUUGGUCCCGCUGACGGUGAUGCCUUCAAGAGCUUUUCGCUCGCUCCGAUUGAUUCUUGCAAACAUAAUUUGUUUUUGUUUUUUUCCAUUUGGAAGUUUAUUUUGGAACAUCAGUUAAAUCUUUUCUUUACAAUUUUUUUUUAUAUUUGAAAACGAAAAAAACAAAACAAUUAAAUGUUAGGUCUCUAAUUGCAGGGAUGGCGCUACUGCAAAGCUGCAGUAAUGAGGAGCAGGAAAUGAGCACAACGACUUUUUUUUCUUGAAUUAACUAUUGGCUGUAUUUUGUAGUGUGUGUCAUAUCCUCCGUGAAAGUCGUAGCUUAAUAUAUUGCUGUUUACCUUUCUGAGUAAUUCUGGCUUACAUUGUUUAAGCUCUGCCCAGUGCCCGACACGUCCCCUCACACCUGGCCGAGACAACGCCAAUUAAUGAAUCGGUCGUUAGCGCUCUUCCGACUCAAAACAUGGCCGUCCCGGCGAAAUCCACGGGCCUCGUCCCCCUUCUCGCGCUGGUGCUAUCUUUGAACGGCGUUCCUUCUGCUGAAAGAGCUCGGGAGGGCGUCGGACUCGAGAUGCAAUGCGGGGAGGCCAAAGCGAGGAUAACCGUAACGCGGCGGUUUUUCGAGGAGAGACGGAUUCCGUUCAGACCCGAGCACCUUCGACUCGGAGCAAACUCGGCGCAGGAAGUGUCGUGCGGACCCGGGGGCCACAUGUCUGACCGCGCAAUGGUCAUCUCUGCAGGGCUACAAGAAUGUGGGGCUGAGUCCAGUGUUCAUGGCGAGUGGCUUGUGUAUUCCAACCAGCUGUUACUGUUUCCUGCUGUGGUUCCCACCUCCUCAGGGAGCGCAAUAGUUAGAGGAGCAACUACCGUCAUACCUAUUGAGUGCCAUUAUAAGAGAAAGCAGACGGUGAAUGCAGAACCGUUAACCCCCACCUGGCUACCCAUGACAUCCACUAUCAGUGUCUUUGGUCUCCUGCACUUCUCCCUUCGUACCAUGGCAGAUGACUGUACCACUGUACGUAGUUCCUCAGUGUACCAGCAGGGGGAAGCAGUGCUUUUGGAGGCCAGUGUGGAGGCCCCGCUGCACCAUCCUCUCACUGUGUAUGUGGACUCCUGUGUUGCCACGCUAAAGCCUGACCCUCUCUCCUUGCCAAGCUACAAGUUUAUCACCAAGCAUGGGGAGCAAGAUAACAGACUGUGCUUCAGUUUCCAAGCCUUCCACUUCAAGCAGGAGGCUGGGGAACAGAUGUUCAUCAGCUGCCACCUUAGGGCCACUCUGAAACAAUACUCACAUAGCCACCUUUAUAAAGCCUGCUUCUUCCAUAGGCCCUCAUUCAGCUGGCGUGCCACAGAUGGGGACAAUGCUCUUUGUGAAUGCUGUGAUUCUGAUGACUGCUUAAAUCAAAUUGGAGAGGGGAAUAGUGGCCCCACUGGACACACCACUCAACCAGAUACAGAAAAGAAGCUCGAGGCCGACACAACAGUUGGACCACUUCACACCCUGCAACGUUCCCAUUGGACAGGUCGUCUGUCAGUCAAUCACCAAAGAGCCUUUUUACAGCUUUACAAUUAGGUGGGUACAGGGACUGUUUUAACAAAACCCAGGGCAGUUUAACAAUAAAGCAUCCAACACACAUUGUUUUUCUCAUGACUCAUUGUGAAAAUUGAAAUUAGGAUUCUACCCCUUCAGAGAAAUAUGUAUAGCUGAAAGCCAUGAAUAGCAUACUAUUGCAUUGGCUCUACUGAUUUGUACUUGGAGACACCUACAAAAUGCAUUUAAAGCCUCUUCAUGUGGGGAUUUAAUUUUUGAUUACUUUGAACCCUGGAGGCUGUUUACAGCAAGUGUUUUACUAUAGCCAUCACAAAAGCUCCACCAUACACCCCCGCUAACAGAAAAUGUUGGCAGAAGAGAUGAAACUGCCACAAUGUAAACUGAGUAAUGGACCUGAAAAAACGUAUGUAAGGAGGAGACCUAUUUUUCUCUGUGAUGUGCUCAUCAGCUCAGUAUCAGUUAAAUAAUGCUACCUAAUUUUGUUUCUGUAAACCACAUAUACACCUGUGUGUAGUAUAACACUUCCAUAUGUAUACCAGCAUAGUGAACCAGUGCUGCUCCUUUUUUGACCAAGGAUGCUCCCAAACC